CGCGCGGAGAGACGCUCGCGGGAGACAGGAGCGCCCCCUGCCUUCCCGCCCGGCCGAAGCCAGCGCCUCCGCGCUCCGCCAGGGCCGCCCGCGCUCCGUGGCUCAGCCUGGGCUGCGACUCCAAAGAACUAGCGCCUGUGCCUGGCGUCCUGGUCCUCUCGGCCAUCGCUGGCUGUCCCUUCUUCUCUCCUGAAACAGCGUCGGAGGGAAGGGAAAAAGCGACAAGAGUUGCCAGCAGGGAGGUUGACAUUGUUUUAAAGACUAUAUUUUCAUCAUGAAUGCUAAUAAAGAUGAGAAGCCAAGGUCCAGAAGUCAUGAUCUUCACCUUCUUCAUACUUGGAUGAUGUUAAUCAUGACUGUGCUCUUUCUUCCCACCACUGAAACAUCCAAACAAAAUAUUCCACGUCUAAAACUAACCUACAAAGACUUGCUCCUCUCCAACAGCUGCACUCCCUUUCUGGGUUCGUCGGAAGGACUGGAUUUUCAGACGCUCCUUGUAGAUGAGGAGAGGGGCAGGCUGCUCCUAGGGGUCAAGGACCACGUCUUCCUGCUCAGUCUGGUCGACUUAAACAAAAACUUUAAGAAGAUUUAUUGGCCUGCUGCUAAAGAACGGGUGGAAUUAUGUAAAUUAGCUGGAAAAGAUCCAAAUACAGAAUGUGCAAAUUUCAUCCGAGUUCUUCAACCCUACAAUAAGACUCACAUUUAUGUGUGUGGAACUGGAGCAUUUCAUCCACUAUGUGGAUAUAUUGACCUUGGACUCAACAAGGAGGAACUCAUAUUUAAACUAGACAUGCACAGCUUGGAGUCUGGCAGACUGAAAUGUCCCUUUGAUCCUCAGCAGCCUUUUGCUUCAGUAAUGACAGACGAGUACCUUUACUCUGGAACAGCGUCUGAUUUCCUUGGCAAGGACACUGCAUUCACGAGGUCCCUUGGGCUGACACAGGACCACCAUUACAUCAGGACUGACAUUUCAGAACACUACUGGCUCAAUGGAGCAAAGUUUAUUGGAACAUUCCCCAUUCCAGACACCUAUAAUCCCGAUGACGAUAAAAUAUAUUUCUUCUUUCGGGAAUCAUCCCAAGAAGGCAGUACAUCUGACAGAAGCAUUCUUUCAAGAGUUGGGAGAGUUUGCAAGAAUGAUGUAGGCGGGCAACGAAGUCUGAUAAACAAAUGGACUACUUUUCUUAAGGCGAGGCUGAUUUGCUCAAUUCCUGGAAGCGAUGGGGCCGAUACUCAUUUUGAUGAACUCCAAGACAUUUAUUUACUCCCUACGAGAGAUGAAAGAAAUCCUGUAGUAUAUGGAGUCUUUACCACAACCAGCUCCAUCUUCAAGGGCUCUGCUGUGUGUGUGUACAGUAUGGCUGACAUCAGAGCUGUUUUUAAUGGCCCCUAUGCUCAUAAGGAAAGUGCAGACCAUCGCUGGGUCCAGUAUGAGGGAAGGAUACCUUAUCCCCGUCCCGGAACGUGUCCAAGCAAAACCUAUGACCCACUGAUUAAAUCCACCCGAGACUUUCCUGACGACGUCGUUAGCUUCAUCAGGCGCCACCCGGUGAUGUACAAGUCGGUGUACCCAGUGGCAGGAGCACCUACCUUCAAGAGAAUCAACGUGGACUACAGAUUGACGCAGAUAGUGGUGGACCACGUUGUUGCUGAAGACGGACAGUAUGAUGUCAUGUUUCUCGGGACAGACAUUGGAACAGUCCUCAAAGUUGUCAGCAUUUCCAAGGAGAAGUGGAACACGGAAGAGGUGGUCCUGGAGGAGCUUCAGGUGUUCAAGCACCCAACAGCCAUCUUGAACAUGGAGUUGUCUCUGAAGCAGCAACAGUUGUACGUUGGUUCCUGGGAUGGAUUGGUUCAGCUCUCCUUGCACAGAUGUGACACUUAUGGGAAAGCUUGCGCAGAUUGCUGUCUUGCCAGAGACCCCUACUGUGCUUGGGAUGGAAAUGCUUGCUCAAGAUACGCACCCACUUCCAAAAGGCGAGCUAGACGCCAGGAUGUAAAAUAUGGGGACCCAAUCACUCAGUGCUGGGACAUAGAAGAGAGCAUUAGUCUUGAAACAGCUGAUGAAAAGGUGAUUUUUGGAAUUGAAUUUAAUUCAACCUUUUUGGAAUGUAUACCAAAAUCCCAGCAAGCCUCUGUUAAAUGGUACAUCCAGCGGUCAGGAGAGGAGCAUCGUGAGGAGUUGAAACCUGAUGAAAGGAUCAUCAAAACGGACUACGGGCUACUGAUCCGCAGCCUGCAGAAGAAGGACUCUGGGAUGUAUUACUGCAAGGCCCAGGAACACACUUUCGUCCACACCGUCGUGAAGCUGACUUUAAAUGUCAUUGAGAACGAACAGAUGGAAAAUACCCAGAGGAUAGAACCCCAGGAGGGGCAGGUCAAGGAUCUAUUGGCUGAGUCACGGUUGAGAUACAAAGACUACAUCCAAAUCCUUAGCAGCCCAAACUUCAGCCUGGACCAGUACUGCGAACAGAUGUGGUACAGGGAAAAGCGGAGACAACGCAACAAGGGGAGCCCAAAGUGGAAGCACAUGCAGGAAAUAAAGAAGAAACGCAACAGACGACAUCACAGAGCCCUGGAUGAGCUCCACAGAGCCGUGGCUACAUAGUUUCUAUUGAAUUUAAAGAGAAAAGUAUUUACCUGACUGAGAAACACUGUCUUCUGUUCUGUACAUCCCUCAUUGCCAAUUCAUGCAUGCCUUCCAUGGAGUUUCAUAUUCAUGAGACUCCAUGGUAGAUAGGAAUCCAUCUGAACCAGUUUUCUGAGAACAAAACGUAUAUCAGCAAAGUCAGGAAUGGUCCUCACAAUCGGAGCCUUACAUUUAUAAAUGUUUUACAUUUGAAUUUAAAGUCAUAUAUAGAAGUAAGCUAACUGAACAUCAUCCGGUCCAAUGGAAGGUGCUUUAUUCCUAAGCAUGCCCAUUAGACAUGGAGUUUAUCUUGCAGUUGGCUAUGUUUUUAUGAGCAGCUAAAUCAUUCCAUUCUAGAAUGGGUGAUCUUGUAGGAAUUGGAGGAGAGGCACAAAUUAAAACAUCUUAUGCUAGUGACAGGAAUUUACUCAAGGAACCAUCAGUCCACACUUGGAGUCAGGUAUAAGAAUUUAGAAAAGUAUGUCCCUUCUUUCAGGCCACCGGCUACAUCUAGUGCACUUCAAUAGUGAUUAUAUGAGAGGGUAUUAAUGAUCCAAACAAGGUUCUUUGUGAUUGGUCAAGAGAAACAGGUUCACAGACAGAACCUAAUGGUAAAUGCUGUGUUCUAGAACGCGGAAUGCACAAUUCCCAUUUUAAUAACAUGGAAAAAUAUUUUAAUAUAGUAAGAGUAGCAUGAUGUGUGCACUGUAUCUCAGAAGGGACUUAUAAGGCAGACAGUAAGAUAGCCAUAAAUGCUUGCUUUGGGGAAAACUUAUAUUACACAAGAAGGAAGGAAACCAAAAACAAACUAGUUAGAAUGUAACGGAUCUGUUUCCACUGAAACAUAGCUAUCUCCCAACCGUAGUGUAUCCAUGAAAAAGAGUCUAGAUUAUAACAAAUUGUAAGCCAAACCUCAAGUGGAAGUAACAUUUGUAAAGAAUUAUGGGAUGACAGUAUUUUAUUUAUAAUCAAUGUAUUUCUGUGUUCUCUUUUUUUCUACCUAUUUAUCAUAUGCUGUAUAUUGUUUGCAUUUAUAUCGUUACUUGGUUGUAGUUGAGUAAAUGGGAGUAAACGAUACGUAAUACACGCAGAGAUAAUUAAGUAAAUGACCAACAGGGGGAGUGGGACUAUAUAUUUGUUGAAUGAAUAGAUAAGCGCAAAAUUUUGAUGACGGGAAGGGUUAACUUAACUCUUUGACAUCCUUUUCUUUACACAAUUUUUCUGAAUUUCAGGGGUGAUACAUUAGAGCUCAAGCAGCGUUGUUUUAGUAGUUUUACAACAAGCAAGUCCGUAAAGAAAACGAACAGCAUUAACGUGAAUACCACUUGUAUUUUGUUAGCGCGUUUCAAAUUCAACGUUCUCUCUGAACAUUGCUUCCCAGCCAGUCUCUGCAGAACUCACCUUUCCUUCCUCGAGCACAAAGCCCGUAGCCUUCCUCUGUUUGGCUUUUUCACACUCCUUAUAGUGUGAAAUGAACAAUUAGUCACUUCCUCAGAAAGAAUGUGGCUUUUUAGAAAACCAACAGACCUUGCUUGUUUCUCAUGCAUUCUACACGCUCUGAAAGAAGUCUGUGAGAAGCCUGUGUGCUUAAAGACCAGUGUCAGGGAGUCAAUCUCUUUGUCCAAUGCAGCAUCAGGACCUUCCAUUCACUUAAUCUGCAUUGGGCUCCUGUCUCAAAGGCUUCCCAGUCAGCUGUGAGGGACUGGUGUAAUAAUGAAUAUCUGUAGACGCUUCACUCUUAGGACGAGGAAAAGUGAAGGAACUGUCCUAAUAAGUGAACCAGAAUGAAUUGCAUCUCCAGAAGAAAUACAUACAAAUUCUUGUGUCAUGGUUAGACUAGUAAUCAAAUGCCACACAAGGGAGUUUAUUUAUUAAUUUGCUGUGAGUCCUACAAACUGACGGCAAACUCAAAGCAAGACAGAGGGGUCAUGCUUCAUUUAAAAAUUACUUUUAGAUUGUCAUGUAUCAGAAAGUAAUUCUCAAAUAUGGACGGCGAUAAAAAUUACACAAGGUUCUAAUAUUUGCACUGACCUCUGAAAAUUAAUUUGAGCUAGCUAAGAUAUCCAAACCAUUUGAUAAUUACUUAGGUCAAAUGUAAUUGUUUCCUAUCAACAUUCUGUAAAUCUAUUUUAUACCCUUGGUUUAAAAUAAAAUUCUCGCUGCUUUGCAUACAAAACUACUAAUGAUGAAUAAAAUAUAUUUUAUAACCUAUUAGUAAGAUUACAUAAGAUAAGGUUAUAAAAUAAAACUGGCGACUAAGGUUUUACAAAAACAAAUUGUAUCUAAACCACAUUUUAUUACUUGUCCAGAAUCCUUAGAAGAGUGUGAAUAUAUAAAUUGACAAAUGUGAUGUUUACCUCCUUAACCUCAGAUAAAACCCUUAUUGAAGUGAAGAAAAAGCAGACUAUUGCUCACAUUUUGAAUAUUCAAAGACACCAGAUAUCUCAUAAGAGACUCUAGAACAACCUAGGUAUUCAUUUUUUAUAUAUCUUUCUUAAUCUUCAGUACAUGUCUUUAACUUUCUUGUGUGAGUUUUUGCUUUUAUUCCAGUCUUUUGUGCUGCUAAAUGUAAUUGUGCCCAGCUGAAUUCAUUUGCAUUUAAUUUAUUAGGAAUUUUAAGAGUUUGUUUAGAAAUGGAUAAUCUAAAUAAUAAUUUUAUGUAAAAUAUCUUUUGUUUUCUUUCCCAAAGAGCUCAGAAUCCUACAUUAACAUAGUUGAGUAAAUUGUUUCAGGAGAAACAGUCAAACUCAACAAAAUGCAGAAAGUUAUAGGAAAAAAUGAGCAAUUUGGAGAAAUCACAAGAAUUCUCCAGGUACCAUUCAGAAUUCCAGAAUCAGUUAGAUUUACUUCCAAAAUGCUCUCUGUGAUAUGGCCACACAUUGGGAGCUUUCCUGUCUUCUAUAGCAUGACUCUUCAUAUAUUCUUACAUUCUAUUCCUCCCGAACUGGGGGCUUCAGAUAGAGAAGAACAGGAAUAACUGCUUGCUGGAAUAACUCAACACAGACUGAGUUCCCAGGACAGCUAGUGUCAUCUCAUUCACAUGAAAACAUAAAAUUAAACAAGACCACUCGGCAAACUGUGAUUUUUCUCACACAUAUAUCUAAGGUGUAUCUCACACAUUUCACCAAGACAGAGGCAAGUGGCCUUGGGAACACCCUGUCUUCAGAGGAUAACAUCUGCGGCCACAUUUGUCACAUUUGCAGUGCCACAUCUGUCAUGGGGCGUUUUCACUGAAAGGUCUUCGGUGUGGAUGAUAGGCUUUUUUUAUAUAAAAAGAAAUAUAUAUUUUCUCACAGUAGAUGGCCACAAUAUUACAAUUUUCAGUUGGUAUGUGAGGUUAAAAAAAAAAAACAUACGAUUUGAAAUUCCCAGAUUCUGCAAAUCAAAAAUUUAAAUACAGAAGAAUACACAGUCUUUUUAACUAUGGAUUAAUUAUUUUGUAAUAUAAAGUAUCUGUGAAAGGCUUGAAGCGUCACUUUUUGGGAAAGAAUUACCUUGUCAGAAUCCACAAUUAAUUUUAUUCUAACAUUGUCAGUGGUUAGCAAUCAAUUUUGAAUCUUUCUACUUUUAAAAAAAAAUGUA